GAACAAGAAAAUUGGGUUACCAGCUCUGCUAGACACCGGCUGAAGAAGAUCAUCUACUUUACUCUCAAGAUUAGAUUUACUUUUCAAUCGGAUGUCUGUUCGGCGCGACGAUGUGGUUGAAACCGAGCACGGUGGAGCCGCUGCAGAAUUCAACGAAGUACUUCCGGAGCUGCGAUUUCGGAUUGAUCGUCGGCAUACCGAUCUCCGUUGGAUCGUCCGGUGGCACCGCCGCCAGAUUCUUCAGAGUCGCUUCGUUCCGAGUCUGGAAGUCCGACAAGAUUUCAUUGCCGUAAAAAUAGUCAAGCUUUUGCAGCGGCAUCGACUUGUUCAACGACGAUUUCGGCAUGGUCACGACUAUUUCGCUACUUUUCCGUUUCUGUGCUCGAUGGAACACGUUCUCCUCUGUUUUCUAGCAUCAUGCGACAAUUAAUUAUGAAUAGCUCGGCAGAGAUCGGUGGAACAGACAACGUGUUCGAAUCGACGCGAUCUUGAUCGCGAUUGUGCGAUAGGAUAUAAUGAAAAUCGAUGAAGAGAACGGUUUUAAAAUUGUUCGCUUUUAUUGUUCUUGUUACGAAUCGCAUCGUCAUUCGUGAUUAAUGGUAAUAGACCGCCGAUUUUUAUGCAAAAAAGGAUUAGUUGUAAGAUACGGAAGCUGAUUAGACAUUUCUUUCUUUCUACGAUUAUUACAAAUAAUGCGAUAGUAUUUUUAAAUAAAUUAAUUUGUAACGUUUUGCAUAAAAUCUGCGGUUUAUUAUUUACUCAGCAUGUUGUAAUUGCACUCCAAUUGCAAUCACGAACUACAGUCUAAUCUAAUUGGACAGAGAUCUGAAUUACGAAUCACCAUGUGAUCGAAUUACAUAUAAUGAAAACUAAACUACAAUAUAAUCGAACUGUAAUAUGUAAUUAUAAUUCUUCGGGCAAUUCAAUUGUAAUUCUGCGCAGCUCUGCAGCACAGCAACGUGGUAAUUAUAAUUAAUUGUAAUUAGGGAAAUCUUCGAUCGCUGGUCAUCGCCUACUGUGUAGUCGCGAGCGAAAGAAAAACACGCGAAUCGAUUCUUCGCGGAGUUCGUGCACGCUGUACGAGAGCACAGAACAGACAGACGGAUCACGAUCAUCAAACUUAGCAUGUGCGAACGGUGAAUCCUGCUUCAGGGGGUUCCGGAUGUGUCCGGGUCGAGCCGCGUCGCAAAUUUAAUCGACGUUUUCGAACCGUGUUACUUGCGAACUUUCAUGGAAAUGGUAACGUCGCGACGGGCACGUAAUUUCGAACCACGUCUGUUUCCACAUUUUCCGCAGGAACAGGCGUAUUGCUCGUACUGCGUUCAGCCGAUACAGGACAUCGAGCUCCUGCAGCCGGAAGUCAGGCCAAGGCGAAGGCCGAAGAGCCAGCUGCAACGUUGCCCGUCCUGUCAUUACUCUCUCGAGGUGCCGAAACAUUCCUCUGGAAAGACCAAAUGCUACAAGAACAUGGAAACGAUAUUGGACAGUUACGCGGACAAGCUGGGGAUGAGCCUGCCGCAGAGCCACGAGGAAUCGGUGAUUCGAGUGGUGUGUGGUCGCGGGACAUCUAAUUCGUACAAUCAUUCGAGGAAACGGCAGACCAGCGGUCACCGGUGUCACCGGAGGUGCGAGGAGGACCAGAUUUUUCUGGCUGACAACGUGGACAGUUGUUGCGUGUACCCGCAACACCUGGAGAACGGGCGCUUCCACGACAAUUGGCGCGAUUACAAAGUAAAGAUAUAUANUCGCGGGACAUCUAAUUCGUACAAUCAUUCGAGGAAACGGCAGACCAGCGGUCACCGGUGUCACCGGAGGUGCGAGGAGGACCAGAUUUUUCUGGCUGACAACGUGGACAGUUGUUGCGUGUACCCGCAACACCUGGAGAACGGGCGCUUCCACGACAAUUGGCGCGAUUACAAAGUAAAGACGUUCCCGGAGGAGUACAGGAAGAGGAAAGAGUCCCGGAGUUCGAGGCAGCGCAGGAAGGACGAGCUGGAGAACGAGCACAUCAGGUGCCAGCUGGACCUGCUGCGAUGCGACAGCGCGGAGACCGCCGGCGAUGAUUUAGAAAAUCGGCGAACGCAGAGGAAAUGUUACAACAACUUCAACUUCUUAGAAACGAGACUCGGAGGAAGGGGGACAGACGAUCACGAUCUCGCGAAGGGGAGAUCCGAGCGCAGUCAGAAUGCCCUAAACUUGGUGCCUAAGCCAGGCAAACGGUCCGCCGGUCGAAAGCACGCUGUCUGCAAGCCCGAGGACGAGUCGACGAACAGCGACGACGAGAAGCUUCUUCAAGGACGAGAUCAGGACGCCAGGAAGAAUCUUUACGACGCCGGUGACUUGAAUCUUCGGGCCACGAAGAACGAGAUCGUCGGCAUGAUCGACGAGGUCAGGCACGUGUUCUCAUCGUCGACGGAUCAACCAAAGAACGUCGAGUCGACGCGAGGACUGGUGAAAGAGGAGCCCUGCGUAGAAUUAACGCGUGCUCUGCAGGGCGACUGCUGCGGGUCCUUGAAGGACCUGCUGACCCACCGCGGAGUGAACCAGGACUGUAUCAAGCACUUGAAAUCGGUGCGGUGGAAGCACAUGAACCACAUCCAGGACAUGUUCAGCCAGCUCUGCACCCUCCAGAAGUUCCUGGACACGUGUUCGCCCAGACUGUCGUUGUCCGCACCGCAAACGCACACGGCCGCGGUCGAGCAACGCGUCGAGGAGCGACAGCAACAGCCCCACGAAGAGAAGUAGCAACGCGAGCAUCUCGCGCCGAUUGCUCGAGAGACCGCGGCGGCGCCCACGAUCAUGCUUUUAGAUGACUGUAUUUUUUCAGCGAUUUAAACGCGGCCUGUACGCCCGAACAAAUGGCGUGGACGCGA